UUCUCGUCACUUACAAUCCAUUGUUUAAAGGAAAUUAAAUCAAAAUGUUCACUUUGAGGCACAUAUUCCUUUGCCUGGUCAUAGCAGCCGCGGCUGCCGACUCAACUAAUAAACCUGAAGUUGAAAUUCUUACCGAAAAAAGCAACAUUAGUGAAACUGGAUACGAUUUCGAAUUUAAGACAAGUGAUGGCGUGUCCCGUAAAGAAGAAGGUCAGCUCAUAACUGUCGGGGAGCACCAGGGCAUUGGAGUGAGAGGAUCCUACUCUUACAACGCGCCUGACGGUCAACAGUACAUAGUCACAUUCGUCGCCGAUGACAAAGGUUUCAAGCCCACUAUCCGAGUUGCUGAUCCUCAAUAAAUGAUUGGAAUACUGAA